ACUAGCGCCCGCAUACUGUGGAGGGUAUGGAGAUGAAGGGUCCUCUCCGCGAGCCCUGCGCCCUGACCCUAGCCCAGAGGAAUGGGCAAUAUGAGUUAAUAAUCCAGUUGUAUGAGAAGGAACAACAUGUUCAAGAUAUCAUUCCUAUAAAUAGCCACUUCAAAUGUGUUCAAGAAGCAGAAGAAACUCUUUUGAUUGACAUAGCUUCAAACAGUGGCUGCAAAAUUCGGAUUCAAGGGGACUGGACCAGAGAGCGCCGCUUUGAAAUUCCUGACGAGGAACACUGUCUGAAGUUCCUCUCAGAAGUGCUCGCUGCUCAGGAAGCUCAGUCACAACUUCUUGUUCCGGAGCAGAGAGACUCAUCCAGCUGGUACCAGAAAUUAGACACUAAGGAGAAACCUUCUGCUUUUUCAGGGCUUCUUGGAUUUGAGGAUAAUUUUUCAACUAUGAAUUUGGACAAGAAAAUAAAUUCACAAAAUCAGCCUAUGGGGACUCAUCGGGAACCCCCACCCCCACCCCCUUCCGUGAAUAGAAUGCUGCCACGUGAAAAAGACACUGCUAACAAGGAACAACCCAAAGUAACUAACACCAUGCGAAAGCUCUUUGUACCAAAUACCCAGUCUGGGCAACGGGAGGGCCUCAUCAAACACAUCCUGGCAAAGCGAGAGAAAGAGUAUGUCAACAUUCAGAGUUUCAGAUUUUUUGUUGGAACUUGGAAUGUGAAUGGCCAGUCUCCAGAUAGCGGGUUAGAACCUUGGCUGACCUGUGAUCCGAAUCCUCCUGAUAUCUACUGCAUUGGAUUCCAAGAGCUGGACUUGAGCACAGAAGCCUUUUUCUACUUUGAGUCUGUGAAGGAACAAGAAUGGUCCAUGGCUGUGGAGAGGGGAUUGAAUUCCAAAGCCAAGUAUAAGAAAGUUCAACUAGUCCGCCUUGUUGGGAUGAUGCUCCUUAUAUUUGCUAGAAAGGAUCAGUGUCGAUAUAUCCGUGAUAUUGCUACAGAAACAGUUGGAACUGGAAUCAUGGGGAAAAUGGGAAACAAAGGUGGGGUAGCUGUGAGGUUCGUAUUUCACAACACUACCUUUUGCAUUGUCAAUUCCCACCUGGCUGCCCAUGUGGAAGACUUUGAGAGAAGGAACCAAGAUUAUAAGGACAUCUGUGCAAGAAUGAGUUUUGUGGUUCCAAAUCAGACCCUCCCACAACUGAACAUCAUGAAACAUGAUGUUGUCAUUUGGUUGGGAGACUUGAACUAUAGACUUUGCAUGCCUGAUGCCAAUGAAGUGAAAAGUCUUAUUAAAAAGAAUGACCUUCAGAAACUCUUGAAAUUUGACCAGCUAAAUAUUCAGCGCACACAGAAAAAAGCUUUUGUUGACUUCCACGAAGGGGAAAUCAAGUUUAUCCCCACUUACAAGUAUGACUCAAAAACAGACCGAUGGGAUUCCAGUGGGAAAUGUCGGGUUCCAGCCUGGUGUGACCGAAUUCUUUGGAGAGGAGCAAAUGUUAAUCAGCUUCAUUACCGGAGUCACAUGGAACUGCAAACCAGUGACCACAAGCCUGUUAGCUCACUCUUCCAUAUUGGGGUGAAGGUUGUGGAUGAACGGAGGUAUCGGAAAGUCUUUGAAGAUAUCGUACGCAUCAUGGACAGGAUGGAAAAUGAUUUCCUUCCUUCCUUAGAACUCAGCAGGCGGGAGUUUGUGUUUGAAAAUGUGAAGUUUCGGCAACUACAAAAGGAGAAGUUCCAGAUCAGCAACAAUGGACAGGUUCCCUGCCAUUUUUCUUUCAUCCCUAAACUUAAUGACAGCCAGUACUGCAAGCCAUGGCUUCGGGCUGAACCUUUUGAGGGCUACUUGGAGCCAAAUGAGACGGUGGACAUUUCUCUUGAUGUGUAUGUCAGCAAAGACUCUGUGACCAUCUUGAACUCAGGGGAAGAUAAGAUUGAAGAUAUUCUUGUCCUUCACCUGGAUCGAGGCAAAGACUACUUCUUGACUAUCAGUGGAAAUUACCUCCCAAGUUGCUUUGGUACAUCCUUAGAGGCUUUGUGCCGAAUGAAAAGACCAAUCCGAGAAGUUCCUGUUACCAAACUCAUAGACUUGGAAGAAGACAGCUUCCUAGAAAAGGAGAAAUCCCUUCUGCAGAUGGUUCCCUUGGACGAAGGUACAAGUGAGAGACCCCUUCAGGUCCCCAAGGAGAUCUGGCUUCUAGUGGAUCACUUAUUCAGAUACGCCUGUCACCAGGAGGACCUGUUCCAGACCCCUGGGAUGCAGGAGGAGUUACAGCAGAUCAUUGACUCUCUGGACACCAGCAUUCCUGAGACAAUCCCUGGCAGUAAUCACUCUGUGGCUGAGGCGCUGCUCAUUUUCCUGGAAGCCCUGCCAGAGCCUGUCAUCUGUUACGAGCUCUAUCAGCGAUGUCUUGACUCUGCUCACGAUCCCCGGAUCUGCCGACAGGUGAUUUCCCAGCUUCCGAGAUGCCACAGAAAUGUUUUCCGCUACUUGAUGGCAUUCCUUCGAGAACUCUUAAAAUUCUCUGAAUACAACAACGUCAGCGCCAACAUGAUCGCCACUCUGUUCACCAGUCUUCUCCUAAGGCCUCCACCCAACAUUAUGGCGAGACAGAGCCCAAGUGACCGCCAGCGUGCUAUCCAGUUCAUUCUGGGCUUUCUGCUCGGGAGUGAAGACGACUAAGGCUUUUUCUCUUACUACUCGUCAAGAUUCUAGAGGCGGAUGAGCGGCCGGCUCCAGGUUAUUUCAAGAAUGAUUUUUUAAAAGUCAUGCCACAGGAAAGGUCUAUUGCAGAAGUUCAAGUUCUGUUUAUAGUACAAAAGGAAGAGAGUUUCCUAAUCCCUCCUUUACCAUCUCCUACACAGCAAAAUACUUUUAGACUUAUAUUGCCAAGCCAAAGUUACCAUAUUUUGGUCUUUUUGUGUUUUCCUCUUUAUAAGGCAAAGAGAUCUUUACCUAGGGAUGUGUUUGUUGCCUCUUCCUGACUGUCAUGAUUGUCCUUAGUACCCUAGGCCUGGAUUCUCAGACGUCCCCAUUCUAGGCCUGCAAGCACUACGUGUGGUAGCUCGGGCUCGUCUGUAGUCGUUCCUACAAAGCGCUUUCCAGUCACCCACUGCCCGUCUCACUCCUUUGCACUCCUCUCCACUCGUUCUAUCACUUUGACGGAGCCUGGGGAAGGCUAGUAACUCCUUGGGUGUCCUCAACAGUGAGUUCACUGUCUACGUGUGGUUGUUAGAUGCAUUUGUGCAUUUCUGCUACUCCGGUGGUGUCUAUGUCACUGUAACAUUGGCCCUUUCAUGGAUCCGCACUGGAUGGAAGCACGUGCUCUGUCUGAAACCACACUUAGCACCAUAACUGUAGGAACUAUUAGAGAUGACAUCCUAUUGCUGUGAGAGAAUCACAGAGUGGAAGCACUUUGAGAAUUUCACGAGUGAGAGGAUUCAUGUGUGACAGGUCCUGCUCCCUACUGUCCCUUCCCUGUUGUUAUUCACAUUUUACAUAAGGACUGAUCCUGGCUGUUGAUAGAAACCAUCCACUCCUUGGAAUCAGCCUCCAGAGCAACAUUUGCACCACAAGGAAGAAGAGGGAGAGAGAACAGUCACCUCAAGCUUUUGCUCCCUCCCACAGCGAGGGCACUGGGGCUGACCCUUAGCGCCGCUUCUUCAGUCUCCAGAAGGGCGGGCGAGCAGAUGUCACCCUCCCUCACGAGUGCUGACUGUGAAGUUUAUAACUGACUCCUUCAGUGAAGGGUUUGGAGACUCCCUUGGCUCCUAGAUCCAGUGCCAUGUAAAAGACUGGCCGGUGGGACCAACCAUGCAUCGUACCUCUCCCACCCAAGAUGACCCUCUGAGCUUUUCACUUAUUAAAGUUUUGUGGGAUGGCCUUUUUUUUUUU